AUGCCACUUCACUUCUCGCUCAUCUGCGACCUCCUGGAUGAAUGCCAGCGGCUUCGCCUCGCUCGCAGGCCCAACAAGCAGGCUGUUUUCGCCUGGGUUGCAGAGCUCGCGAGAUACAAGCAACCAGGCCUCGGGCUGGAUCUGGCUGACUGUGUUGAGCGCAUCCUUACUACCACUCCGAACCCCCGAUACGCCCAAGAUGGGAAAAUAACCGUCGAGGAAAUUGACGACGUCCUGCACGCUUUGGCCUCGAAGAUCAGAUGGAGCUCCCCUGCCGUUCGCUCCCGGACAGCAAGGACGCAGUGCCAUCCAGACGUCCUGGCGGGAAUCUACCGUCGACUCGGCGCAAAAGAGGCCAAGUGGUUCACCAGGCUGAUUCUAAAGGACUUUCAGCCCCUCAUCCUCGAAUGCAACCUCGUUUAUGGUUGCUGCCAUCCUCUUUUGCCGCUCAUUCUGAAGAUACAAGAUGACUUUGCUGCGGCUAUCAAGGUCAUCCAGGACGUCAGAGGGACAAUGCUGCCCAACUCUACUCGCGCGUACCGAACAAACCGCGCUGCAUUAUUGUCGCUCAAACCGCAACUGGGAAUAAAAGUCGGGAGGCAGAACUGGCUCAAGGCUCGAAGCAUCAAACAUUGCGUUAACAUGGGCCAUGGCUACAUGAGUGUCGAGAAGAAGAUUGAUGGAGAAUACUGUCAGAUACACGUCGACACCAGUGGCCAGUCUCAAAGUAUCCAGAUCUUUUCCAAGAGCGGCAAAGACAGUACGGAAGACCGGCAGGGCCUUCGCGGUGUCAUUACGAAAUCGCUUCAACUUGGCUUACCCAGCUCCAAAAUUCGGAAGAAGUGUAUCCUGGAAGGCGAGCUUGUUGUGUACAACGACCUUGAACAAAAGAUCCUUCCCUUUCACACCAUCAGAAACCAUGUAGCCCGCAGAGGCCACUUCUUGAACACGGAGGACGAUAGCCCGCCAAAACCAUGGGAGAGGUUGAUGAUAGUCUACUUUGACAUCUUGCUCCUAGAUGACCGAUCGCUUCUCGAUGUCCGUCACUCGGAAAGGUUCAAACUACUCGAGCAGGUUGUGCAUCCGAGAAAAGGACGAGCGGAACUUGUCUCGAGGCACGUGAUCGACAUCAGACUUGCCUUUGCCGUUUCCGAGUUACGGAAAGUAUUCGCGAAUGUAAUCAUGGAUAGGGGCGAAGGUCUGGUGCUGAAACCAGACGAGCCCUACUUCAACUUCCACCACAACGAUGAACCGUUUGGCGGACGCUGCAUCAAGCUCAAGAAAGAAUACAUCGGCAAUUUCGGUGACGUCGGGGAUUUCGCCGUCGUUGGGGCGGGCUUCGUAGCCUCAAAAGCAAAGACUUACGCCAUUUCGAACUUGCAAUGGACUCACUUCUACAUCGGCUGUCUGGACAACAAGGAACAGGUGCAGCGGUGGAACGCGACACCAGAAUUCACCGUCGUAAGCGUCGUCGAGCUGAACGAGGGCCAACUGGAAACCCUGCUCAAGUUUGGCAACUCCCUGACAGUCCCGCUCGCCGAAAACAACGCGACCAGGCUGAAAAUUCCGAAAGGAAUCGAGACUGGCCCUCCGCUGGCGUUUGCAUUUUGCAACCCGCUCGUCUUCGAUCUCAGGUGCUUUAGUUUUGAUAAGCCAGGGAACACGGGCUUCUGGACCUUGAGAUUUCCAGUGGUCUCCAAGAUUCACUUCGAUCGCGACUUUUCCGAGACCGUUUCCUUUGAAGAGCUCCAGCUAAUGGCGGAGGAUGCGACGACGGUUCCGGAGCUGGAAGACAGCCAGGAGAACCUCGCGUGGAUAGCCAGGCUAGAACGUUCCGAUCCUAGGGGUCUGCCCGUUGAUGCAGUCCAGAGCGGUCCUCGCCGGCCCCUAGUCGAUGUGGAUGGCAACGCGUCACAACACCCCGCCAUGACAUGCGAUUCAAAUGCCGCCGUGUACUCCCCGCCGGAGUGCCGCCUGAGAGACGACAACCAGUGUGCGCUAGAUGAGCUACUCGUCGGCAUUGAUACUCCCGCACAAAAAAAAGGCACCGUCUCGGAAAACGAGGAGGCUUGCGAGGGCACUUCGGUCAAGGAGACGGCUCACGCCCUGGAGAACAAGCAGCCGCCGCCCUCGAGCUGUCCCGCUGUCGUAUUGGGCUGUGCAACAAACGCAACAGCUGCAGUCUCUUCUCUGUUGCUCGCCGAGUCCACCGAGUCGGCGCAGCUUUUGAAAGCACAUGGCGUUCUUGAUGCCGCUACAUCGGUGGAUCAGUGGAUAGAGCUGGCCAGAGCGGGAAGCACCCCUGGGGCAAGCUCCAAGAAAGACCGGGCCAAGAUGCUCCUCGUUGACAGCGUGAAGGAUCCCGUCGAGGCCAAAAAUCUUCUGGCCCGCGUUGAGGAGGCCCGAAGCGGAUUGUCGCGGCGGCAGCGGGACUUGAUCACUGUAUACGACUGGCGUGUGCUCCGGCACAUUACAGUCUUGGAGGACAAGAGCAUCACGAACAAGUACUACGAUGGCUUUCGUGAUCCUUGGCGGCGGUGGUAUUGCGGAAUCAUCUGA